GAUGCAAAAACACGGAAACUGGACAUGCAAAUACCACGUCGACGGGAGGUCACGUUGUUUACGCGUCACAGGCUAUUUAAGCGCAGACGCUUCUAACAAUAAUUCAGAGAAGUUCUAUCACUGCAGUCAGCCGCUUCUGAAGGAACGAGCGCUUGAUCAUUCAUCCAGUCUGAGUCUCGGUCUCUGAACAUUGCUGAAAACACACUCAAGGUCUGAAAUGGCGAAGAAAGAGCAAGCCGCUGUCGUCGAGUGCGCGCAACAGUUGCGCAAAAUUGGAGAUCUCUUGGAUUGGAAAUACAAGUUCCUGGUGCUCAUAAUCGCUCUCCAGAGAAUGCAGAACGACGGGAAAAGCUGAAAGAGAAGGGAUCCGAACCAACGUACACCUGACAUCUGAAGAAGAUUCAUUUCUGAAGACGAGGUGCGUCAUCUUCCAAAAACCACAACAACAAAAAGUUGAACAGGAAUGGACUUCCGGGACGAAGGCAUGGAGAGGAUGGCCCGCGAAGACAUAGGAACACCGUGGACCAUUUCUGUGCUAUUCUGAGACCAUAUUUGUCUCUUGGCUGUUUCUCUGAGGGGGUUUGAACUGAAGGAGUUUUCAUUCAUCGGGUCGAAUCGCAGAGCUCGUUUACUACUGGACUUCUUUUCCUAACAAUUCUGAAUUUAGUAGGCUAAUAGGCUGCUCAAUAAUGUGUACAAAUAGAGUUAGUGCGAAAUGGAUGUCCUGGUUUAUAGCCUACACUUGUUUUUUGGCCUAGUCUAAAGUGUAGCUAUUUCAUACUGAGAGGAACUGACUUCAUUUAUCCAUGAUAAAUUACCCCAAGACCAGAUUUAAAAGAAAAAAAAAAGUUUGGUUAUGCCACUUGCUUGAUAUUUUGGUCUAUAGAAAUGUAUGUGUCCACAUAUUUUUUUAUGAAGCACAUAUAUUUUAUUCUGAGGUCCUGCAAUUGUAUUUGGCUUAUUCUUUGGUGAAUAAUUCACAAUGUGUGAUAACACAUGUUUAGGAGUUGACUAUUUUAACGAAAUGCAAAGAUUUUUAAAGCACUUAAUUGUAGAGGUACAAUUUCGGUUGUCUUGUGAAACAUUGGCAUUUAGCUAAUAUCUAACUUUUUAGAUGAAACUUUAAAAAAAAAAAUGAAAUUGGCUAUAAUUGUAAUGUGUAAAUCUAUAAUUUGACCAGUAACAUGACGUUACUUAUCAUGUGAUAGCAGAGAAGAUCUACACACAGUAGGCUAAGCCACUUCCUGUAAAUGCAAAUGAAAUGUUUAAUACUUUCUGUUUCUGACUAAUGUUUUAUGGUGUUUUCUGAAACUGAUGAAAUGUAACAAAGACUACAAAAAUAAACCGCUUGCAUGUA